CUGCGGCCACUGCGCAUGCUCGGCGGGCAGCGUGGCCACAGCGCAUGCUCAGAGCACGGCGGGGCCUGCGCAGUGAGCGCGGCGGAGCGCGCGCGGUGCAAGGUGGCUGGGUCGCGUCCCGGGACAGAUAAAACAGCUAUGCCUAUUCACAUGCUAAAAAUCAUCAAUGGAGCACCUGAAACUGCACUACCGAGCCACCUGCAAAGAGUGGAUUCAAAAUAUCUGCAACUGGGUUGCGAUCACGCCAACAAAUACUUUAAGGGAACUGUUACUCUCUCCUAUCCUUUAAUUAAACUUGGAAAUGGAACAGAUUGCUUCAAGAUUUUACUACAAGAUAUGGACAAUUCGUGUUCAAGAACCAGCAGCAUCAAUAUUUUAUUCCUCGGAAAAAUGGCAAAGGACUGUGCAAAAGUUGUCCAUCAAGGGGACACCAUGUUAAUAGCUGGAUUUAAUUUGGCAACAUCACCUUCUGCAAGUGAAGAUGGCAGACAUUGCUGUCACCUGGAAGUGUCAGAAGAAGCUGGAUCAACCAUUUAUAUUUAUACAAAGUCGAGCCCAAUCACUGCUUCCGAAACUGCAUCCAUGCCUGUUGCUCCGAAAUACAUGUAUACCCCUCUGAAUCGUCUUAAAGGAGGUACUACAGUCAACUUGUAUGGUGCUGUAAAAUUCUUCAAGCCUCCAUAUAUAAGCAAAGGAACUGAUUAUUGUUCAGUUGUAACAAUUGUGGACCAAUCAAAUGUCAAGUUGACAUGUACACUCUUUAAUGGAAAUCUAGAUGCCCUUCCAAAAAUCUACAAAAUUGGAGAUAUUGUUCGAUUUCAUAGAAUAAAGAUUAGGGAAUACAAUGGACAGAUUCAGGGGGUUACCAGCAUUGGGUUUGCAUUCUUGACGUUUGAUGGAACCCCAGGAGCAGCAAUCAUUCCUCGAACCUCUAGUAAAUUGUACACUUUCACAGAUGAAGAACAAAAAACAAUAGAAGAACUACGUGUUUGGGGAGCCAGUAAUCUUUCCAUCUCUGGGCCAGCAGUGAAAUUGUCUGGUGUUCAGCCAAAGCUGUAUUUUGACCUCACUUGCCAACUUAUAGGGAAAGCAGAAGUGGAUGGAUCUUCCUUUCUUCUUAAGGUGUGGGAUGGCACAGAAUGUUCCUACCAGUCCUGGAAGGUGCCUGUGGAAUCAAGUGAUCUUGAAGGAGAUAAAGUUCUCAUUCAUAAGCUGAGAAAUCUAACAGUAGACAUUCUAGUUUAUGAUAACCAUGUACAAUUAGCAAAAUCCCUGAAGGUUGGAAGCUUUCUAAGAAUUUACAGUCUACGUGCAAAGCAAGCCAGUCCGGAGAAUCAGGCUGAUGUUUCAUAUAUAGAGUUUCGUCUUCAUGGUGGCACCUGUUAUGGUCGAGGAAUUGGGGUCCUACCAGAAUGUAAUCCAGAUGUUAAAGAAUUAAAAUCAUUUCUGGAUUCUCUGGAUCUCGCAGAGCAUCAAAAUGUGGAAACUGUGUCUUCGAUGGAAUUGCAUAGCACUUCUGACAGUUUUUCAAACCCAGUAAUAUUUUUAGAGAGAUGCCAGCAAUUGUCUGUCACAGUGCUGACAGAUCACCAGGAUUUAAAUGUAACAGCAUUCAAUACCAUUUUGAACAACCACGCUCCUCAACAGUAUCGCAUUAGAGCAAAACUGAGAACUUUUAAACCCCAGAAGCUUUAUCAGUCCAUUAAACUAUAUUGUUCAAAAUGCAACUCACUGCAAGAAGUUCCAGAUGGAGAUGACUUUGACUUUAUUUUACAAGACUCUGCAGCUACACUUCCAAAUCCAGAAUUGCACGAUAAGCUGUGGUAUGAUUCUGCUGUGUGGAAUACAGAACACCCAGAACAAAGAACAAUAGCUGUUCAUUUUGUGAAGCACAAUGAAAUGGUUCAAGAGCCAGGAAAAUGUUUGAUAAUGGUAGAAGGACCCUCUUCCCAUUUUUGUGACUGCUUUUUUCUCCUAAAACCAAACCUCAUCAUUUUUGCUACAGAUGUUUUGCAUAGAUACCAAAGCUUCUGCAGCUGGAUAUGACACCAUAUUAAGUGCAUUAGUGGGAAUGAAGGACAGAAUUGUAAAUUAUUCCCGUAUCACUAAACAGAAGUUCUAGUGGGCUUCUAGCCCAUUUAUUUCUCUUCCACAGUCCUGGGAUUUUUCUACAAUGUAUUGGGUUUUGUUCGUUUGUUUGUUUGUGUUUUACUUCCAUAUUGUUUGUUGGUACAAGUUCCAAAAGGCAUUUUUUUCCAGCCUCCUGAGCAUCCUCCCUGACCUUCUCCACAUGUACACUGCCUGAAGAGGUAAAACACAACAUGGCAACUCCAUCUAACUAAGGAGAUCCACGUAUUACUUUUUUUUUUAAACAUAAGCAGGUUGUUUUAGUAUAGUACAAUACCCUCUCCUCUCCAUAAACGAGAUGCUGAGCCAUGCUGCUGGCAUAGAAGUUGUUUGGCCUUGACUGGACAGCUGAGAUGAAAGAUGGACACAAGAAAGAGGUUUUUCUGUUAGCAUUUUUUUUUUUAAUUUCCUUGAACGUAAGUUUAAAUCUAAUUUGGGAUAAAGGUUAAAACUAAGAUGUCAUCACAUUAGUGAAAAGCGUAUUAAUAUGUACCAUUCAUCAUUGGCUUCAGUAUUCAUACAAUAUACUCGCUAUAAUUAAUUUCAGUGACAUUUAUUGUUUAAUCUUAUAGACUUCAAUGUUGAUUUAUAAGUAAACUGAAAACAUUUUCUUAAAUGAAACUUUAUCUUAUGAAUUACCUUAAGUUAUCCCAGUGGUUCCAUUGGUAAAGCUGCAUGUGUUUUAUACUUAUUUAAAUCCUUUGAAUGGUUGUAACAUUUCAAGUAUGGCUUAAGAGGUGCCGGAUUGAGGCUUGGUAGACGUGUGCUCUAUUCUCGGUUCUGUAACUAACCUGUGUGCUUUUCGGCUAAGCUGUUGGACAUCUCUGUACUUGUUUCUCCUCCCAACCUUUUGUCUAAUUAGAGUGAAAAUGUAAAUAAAAAGGUAUGGUCCUUGUGCAAUUUGCACAUCACCUAGCACGUGGAAACAUUGGGUGUGUUGACUUUUCUAAUCAUUACAAAUCAUUACAUCAUUACUACAAAUAGUAAACUACAAAUCUAAAAUGUGCAUGAAUCAGAGAGCACCUUAUAAUGCUUUUUAUGAUCAUACAUUUUAUUAAAAUUUAACAUUAAACAGCACACUUGUUUUUGUAGAAAACAACUACAUUGCAAAAAGUAAUUGCUAUGUUUCUUCCCUGUUAUCUAUUCAAGAAUUAAGGAGAUAGGCAGAUACGGUUAUUUGGGCAAAGGUGAUAUCUUUUAUUACACCAACUAAAUAGUUGGAAAAAUUGUUCUUUGCAAGCUUUCAAGCACAGGCACCCUUCUUCAGACAUAGGGAGAGUCUGCUGGUGUUUGUCUUCUCUCUAUGGUCAAAUAGAAGCUUAAGCUAAUAUGCAAAAUGCAGGUUUGUGAAAAUGCAGAUGUGUGGCAGGGAAGAUCAGAGGGGGUAGGAGUUAAUGAGCAAGAGACAGGCAGAUGGAAUGGGAAAAACAAAAGAAAAUGUGGACCAGUGAUAAAAUGUAGAAAAGUUACCUGCAGUUAUCAGAUGGCAGGUAGUUUAUAAUGUGUCAUAAAUUAAAUGUCUGUAUGUAGGCCAUGAUUUUUUGUAUCCAGUAGAUUUAUGAAGUGAAUUUCGUAGGCUCAUCUACAAUAGGUGUUUUGUAAAUUCCCUUUGGGGAUUAAAACUGAGAGGUUAGAGAGUGUGGUUGUCUUGUGAGAAAUGUGCACCCACAGUAAUUGGGUAUUUUUUGUCUUUGAACGCACACUGAAAAUCUAUCAUUCUGGUACUCAGUUGUUUGGUUUCUCCUACAUAGUUUCCAUCAUGGCAUUCACUGCACUGGAUAAGAUCUAUUACAUUUCUGGAGGUCCAGACAUAAGAUCCAGGAAUGGUGAUGGUGGUGAUGGUUCUGUUGUGGGAGUAGUAGAAAUGUGUGGGCAGGUUUUACUUUUCUUGUGUUGGUGUGGUCUAGAUCCAUUUGGUGUGCUUGGGGCCAUAGGAAGUUUGCUUCUGGUGAUAAGGUUCAAUGCCUGUUUAAAAGCUAGGAUGAGUGGUUCUGGAAAAAUCUCUUUAAGAAUUGGGUCGUCUUCUGGUUGCAGUUGUUUCAAGAUUUAAGAAGCAGGUAUUUAGUGACUUAUUUUGGCCAAAGGUGUUCGUUAUUAGGUGUGUAUUUUAAAGCAGCAAUUGCAGAGCGAUUAUAGUAAAUAUAGGGAGAAAUUUAUCAAACUGAUCCUGCAUAAUUGCAGAAAAAUUGCAGAAAAAUCCCAGCUUUUCUAAUAACGUAAGACAUUAAUUUCCAGUAAAGUCUUAUAAAGUCCCAUGAAAGCAGUAUUUAAAAUUGCAUCCUAUUUAUUACUGUUUCAUUUUUCGCCUUGCUUCAGUUCUGAUGCUUUUAGCAAGCGCUUUCCUUCAAAUUCCUACCUAAAAAUCCUUUUUUUUUUUUUUUGCCAUUUAAGAACUACAAUGGCAAGUUGCUUCCAUGUGGAAAAAAAAUCAUUUUAGUGGUCACAGUAGUUUCACUGUAGCUACAUUCCAUAGUAGUUAUGUGGCUGCUUGCAUGCUCCAAACAGAGAACUGAGGCAAAUGAUGAGGACACUUCCAAGGCACUGCUGCCGCUGCUCUCCAGCACACUACAGAUCUCCAGUGUAGCAGCGUUGGAUUACCCUAAAGCAUUAGUGUCAAACAUAUGGUCUGCGGCCAGAUCCAGCCCACGUAUCUAGAUUAUCCAGUUUACAGCCUUGACGGGGGACCUUCCCCUUGGGGUAGCCAAGCACCUGGGUGAGAUGUAUGGUGCUGAAGCACCCCAGCACUACAAUCAGAAGAAGCCUAGGCUCACAAGCGCUUGGCUGCCACCAGGGGAAGGUCCCUGACCAAGGCUGCGGGUCUGUCGUGAGUGCUUAGUUGCAGCCAUGGGAACAAGCCGUGGUGCUUGGCUGCUUCCCACAGUGCUACUGGAGUUCCAGUGCUGUAGCUCUCACCCAGACAUUUUGUACCUGCUGCAGGAAGAAGCCAUGGUGCUACUGGGCCUCCAACACUGUGGCUUUUCCUGGUUUGGGUGCCAAGCAACCAGGUGAAAGCAGCAAUUCUGGAGCCCCAGCAGCACCAGUGCCCCAGAACCAUGGGUCUCACUUGUUCUGAUGGUAGCAGCCAAGCCCCUGGGAAGCUGGGCCUUUUUGUGAUGAGUUAUAGAUGGUUGGAGCAGAUGUCACAUGCACUGAAUCCAACAUGGGAGGAUCCACAUGCAUAGCCUAGCAUGUGGGGCCAGCCACACACCAUUCAUAGAAAUCAUAGACUCAUAGAAAAUCAGGGUUGGAAGGGACCUCAGGAGGUCAUCUAGUCCAACUCCCUCCCCAAAGUAGGACUAUCCCCAACUAGAACAUCUCAGCCAAAGCUUUGUCUAGCCAGGUCAUCCAGUCCAUGGACUGGUCAUGCACCAUUCGUCUGAUUCCCCUAGAAACAGAUGAGAUUGACAUCUGAAGCAACUUCACUGCUCGUGUUGUGGUUUUGGGGAAGCAAGUAGUUAGGGCUUAGGUUUUGGCAAUGGUCCUGAGAGUAGCACAGGGCAACUGCAGGCAUUUCCCAAGAGUAAAGUUGUUUUAAGCUAUGCUAAUUUGUUAAUUGUCAUUUACUACCAUAAAAUAUUUUUUAAGUGUGUCAUGGCAAAUUGCACAUUUCAUUUUGCCUCUGUUGAAUAUGUGGUUAUUUAAACAUCUGAUUUCUGCAUGCAGUAACAAGUCACAUUUGCAGCUUUAUAUUAUAUAAGUAUUCACAUUUUUGUACAAUCAAUAUAUAUAAUCAGUUACUCCUAGACCAUAAUGGAUACAUCAUAAUUUCAGCACUACAGUUAAUUUAGGAGUCCUUUUUAACAUUGGAUCAUGGUCAGUUAUUUGUCACAGGUCCUGAAAUUGAUUUCCAUCAGUCCAAAGGAGUUGAAUUAUUUAAUUUAGCAUUAUGUGCAUACAGUUAAUAGUGAUUCUCAAAGAGUGUGCUGUGGUACACUAGUGUGGCGCAAAAGCAACAGAAAUACUGUGAGAUCCCCUGUGUGAGGAAGUUAAUGCUCUUCUCUUACAUCCGGCACCCUGUGUCUGACCCAACUACUCCAUCAGUGCCUAUGACUGUUCCUCUGGGGACUGCCACCACUGCUGCUGCCUUCCCUUCCCUCAGGCAGCCACUAUGCUGCCCCCUUCCAACCACCCACACUCCCAGCAGUGUGCUCUUAUGCAAGUGGAUGGACAGGUGCACAGAUGGAGCUGUGAUUUGCAGCCUGGCUUAUAACCUCCAAUCUUCUCACCCUCCCGAGGCUAGCAAGAGGGGCUGCAGGGGUGGUCACCAGCAUGUGAGACCCUGAAGGAGCCUUGUUCUCUGAGGUACAGACUGAGAGUUGGGAGGGGGCAGACAGUGGAAAGAGCAAGGCAUAGCAGAGUGAGGUCCUUGCUCUUAAGUGUCAAGGACUAGAUCAGCGAUUCUCAUUUCUUUUUUAGCCUCAAAGCCCCCUCCAUAUCUUGUCUGAAUUUAGAUCUUUUAGAUCUAAUCUUAGCAAUUUUCAACCAGGGUGCUGCAAAAUUCAGAGAAUUAUGGAGGAGUGCCUUGAGACUAAAAGGUUGAAACUGCUAGUAUAAAUACUAACCAUUUGCUUAAAGAAAGAUGUAGUGAUGUCAUUUUUUAACAGUACAUUUCAGCACUAGUACACUUUCCUCUGCCAGGAGAAUGGAAUAUGUUAGUUGUUUUACAGAAAAGAAUGCAUGCAUACGUAUUUUGCGCGCACACACACACGCACGCGCACACACACACACACGCGUGCACACACACACACACACACACACACACACACACACAC